CGACGGCGACGGCGGCGCGCUCAAGUCGGGGGGUCGUGGCCUUGGGUGAAGUCACGCGAGUGCGAGGAUGUUAUCGAGAGGGGUGACCGGGCGCGUGCAUGCAUAAGGUCGUUCUUUCUCUUCGCGGCCGGGCUUUAAAGAUUUUAUCGAUCGCAAUGUGCAACGACGACGGGCCGUCUGUUUCUCAGAAGAUGCGAUUUAGGACGGUGACGCGACGUCGAGCGCGACCCUGCGGAAGCGGAUAACGCUUCGGAAAAGGAUGAGCAGGAUGACAAUGCCCGCUCCGUGCUUAUCGCGCUGCACCGUCCGCAUCUCGUGGAGCUUCCGUUGCGAUUGAACAGAUCGCUCGAUUGAUCGAUAGAUCUUCGAGAGCGAUAAGGCGAGGGUAAACGCGUAAGGCGAUAGGGAAACGCGCACGAACACUCGAGAGACGCAAGCCCCGAGGUCUGCGGAUGACAUCCUCUAAAGUCCGAUUGAUGUAAUUGACGACUGACUGGCAGAACUGUCAAUAGCAGUUUCUAAUUAUGUAAUUUAUCAUCUAACAAUAAGCAAAAAAUUAACAAUCUGUGUUAGCAGAACAGAAAGCAGUUGACGCUUGACUGACAGCGAUUUUAAAUAUAAGGUGUAAAGAGAGAACGAACAUUUUUGUCUUACUUACUUCAACGACAAACUAUCUGAUUUUUUACGUUGGCAACUCUGCCGACUAAGUUAAUCGUCAAUUAGCUUAAUCAAGGUGACUUUCACGAAAUUCUAAUUAAUAAUCGACGAUUUAAAAUUACUAUCAAUCUAAUAUUAAUUGCUCCCUAUGCUGCUAAAGUAAGUAGAAGUUAACCACUUUUCGAUUAUUGUUGAACGACAAGUUACAAAACUGAAAAUUGAUCUUCGCAAUUCUUAUUAAUCGUUGAUUAGUUUAAUUUGAGUUUGGUGAAAGUUACCCUCAUGAUGUGGAGAAAGUCCUGAAAAUUCAUCUGGUCACUUUGUCUCAAAAUCGUACUUAUUUCCAUUUUUGGUUUUACAUUUCUUCUCCCUCUGACUUACCCGAGUAGAAAAUAAACCAAAAUAUAGUCAGUAAUUGGAAAAUAAACCAGAAUAUAGUCAGUUUUUAUCUAGUAAUACUGCUUAGGUCCUAAUCAGUUUAGUUGACACUUAUUUCAGUAAUAACUAGACAAUAAACUAGCCAAUUUCUAGACAGUUGUAUCAAUCAGUUUUUAAUCAGUUUUUAACGAAUUUUUACCCAAUUCUUACUUCUUUUCUAUUACAUUUACAUUAAAUUUAGAAUACUUAUAAUUUAUCUUUAACAUUUGCAGCACAUUUAUAAUAAUUCAUUUUCUUCCCUAUCAUAUUUGUAGCUUCCCCUUUUUUCUCGAGAAAAGGUAUUUCGAAGGGAACCAUCUCGGUUCAAUCUCUCGGGUACAUUCGGUCAGUUUCUUUUAUAUCUCUCCUGAAGAGAGGCCGAAAGUGGGAUAGCUUCAGGCGUGCGUGCGUUGUUUGCACGUGGCGACGCGGAAUGAAGAAACACAUCGCCCAGCCGGUGGCACGAGCACCCCUCCGUAUAGCGAGCGGGCGCGCUGUCGUGGCGCGAGGGUGCUUUUCCGCAAGCGUUCCGUUCUUUCGAAGCUACGAGUUCAUCACCUACCCCGUCGGUAAUCCAGCCCCGACGGGCGAGCUUACCGCACCUUUAUAGCGCCUCUAUAAAACCAUCCUGCGGCGCGCGCGCGAGCGAGAGGGAGAAAGAGGAAAGAGAGGGAGAGAGAGGGAAAGGGAGGGAAAGAAAGAUCCGUGCGCGACGACCGAAGGGAUGAGAGAGCAGGAAUGGAAACGCAUGGAUGGAAGAGGGGCUUAUUGCGUCCCACAAUACGAUCCUCCAAAAACGGAAGGCGGAAUAUCCCGCGAGUAAGGUUCGCGAACCCUCCCCUUCCGAUCUUGAUCAAACUUGGAGGGUGUACGCAGCAAAGGAAGGCUGAUGACACGACAGCAUUUCUCCGCGCUGCUCGGUCCGGCAACCUCGAGAAAGUGGUCGAAUUUCUCGACACCGACUUAGAUAUUAACACAGCCAACUCGAACGGUUUAAAUGCCUUGCAUUUAGCCUCGAAGGAUGGCCACGUCGAGAUAGUAACUGAGCUCUUGAAGAGGGGCGCAAAAGUGGAUGCGGCGACGAAGAAAGGAAACACCGCGUUACAUAUAGCUUCGUUAGCCGGCCAGUCCGAAAUAGUCAAUAUCCUAAUUCAAUACGGCGCCGCGGUUAACAUCCAGUCGCAAAAUGGAUUUACGCCUUUGUAUAUGGCCGCGCAGGAGAACCACGACCAAGUGGUCAAGCUCCUGCUCAGCAAUGGAGCCAAUCAGAGCCUCGCGACGGAGGAUGGAUUUACACCACUCGCGGUGGCGAUGCAGCAAGGCCACGACAAGGUGGUCAGCGUCCUCCUGGAGAACGACUCGAAGGGCAAGGUCAGACUACCGGCUCUUCACAUCGCCGCUAAAAAAGACGAUUGCAAGGCCGCUGACCUGCUCUUGCAGAACGACCAUAAGCCCGACGUGACAUCGAAGAGCGGCUUCACUCCUCUUCAUAUCGCCGCUCAUUAUGGAAACGAGGAAAUAGCGCGAUUAUUAAUAAAACGAGGGGCCGAUGUAAAUUAUUUAGCUAAGCACAAUAUCAGUCCGCUGCACGUGGCAGCUAAGUGGGGCAAGAAUAACAUGGUGAAGAUACUCUUGGAAAACUCGGCGCAGAUCGACGCUAAGACCAGAGACGGCUUAACACCGCUCCACUGCGCGGCACGAUCAGGUCAUGAACAGGUGGUCAGCACGCUUCUUGAAAAUUCGGCGCCGAUUAGCGCGCGCACAAAGAAUGGGCUCGCGCCAUUGCACAUGGCCUCUCAGGGAGAUCACGUGGACGCUGCGAGAGUGCUGCUGUACCAUCGAGCGCCGGUGGACGAAGUGACCAUCGACUAUCUGACCUCGUUGCACGUAGCGGCGCAUUGCGGCCACGUCAGGGUGGCCAAGCUGCUGCUCGACCGAAAAGCCGACCCGAACGCACGAGCGCUGAACGGCUUCACGCCACUGCACAUCGCGUGCAAGAAGAAUCGCAUCAAGGUGGUGGAGCUCCUGCUGAAGCACGGCGCGUCCAUCGAGUCUACCACCGAGUCCGGACUGACUCCGUUACACGUGGCCAGUUUUAUGGGGUGCAUGAAUAUCGUGAUAUUCCUACUGCAGCAUGAAGCCAAUCCUGACGUGCCGACCGUCAGGGGCGAAACACCCCUGCAUCUGGCGGCUAGGGCUAAUCAAACAGACAUUAUUCGAAUUUUGCUAAGAAACGGUGCCAAAGUCGAUGCUCGUGCAAGGGAACAGCAGACGCCGCUUCACAUCGCCUCGCGGCUGGGCAACAUCGACAUCGUCAUGUUGCUGCUGCAGCACGGCGCGGCCGUCGACACCGCUACGAAGGACAUGUACACGGCGCUCCACAUCGCGGCGAAAGAGGGUCAAGAGGAGGUAGCGGCCAUUCUCGUGGAGAACAAUGCUUCUCUCAAGGCUGCGACGAAAAACGGCUUCACACCUUUACAUAUCGCGGCCAAGUACGGCAAUAUGAACGUCGCAAAUAUACUUUUGCAGAAAGAGAGCAAGCUCGACGUUCAAGGAAAGAACGAUAUCUCACCCUUGCACUUGGCUUGCCACUACGAUCACCCUAACGUAGCGAAUCUUUUAUUAGAGAAGGGUGCGUCUCCCCACCUCGCGUCUCAAAAUGGCCACACGCCGCUCCAUAUCGCGGCUCGCAAAAAUCAGGACGGUUUGACGGCGCUGAACAUAGCUCAAAAAUUAGGCUACAUCUCUGUGAUGGAAGUACUGAAAGGAUUGCCUUACGACAGUAUGACGCCAGAUAACAAAAAUUGGGAGGAAAAGUACAAAGUCAUAGCUCCCGAGAGCUUGCAAGAGACCAGCUUCAUGUCCGAUUCGGAUGAUGAAGGGGGUUCUGACGCAUUGAUCAGCGAACAGCCUUAUCGGUAUCUCACGGCUGAUUUGAUGAAGAGUUUGAGAGAUGAUUCGUUGCCCAUCGACGUCACCAGAGAUGAUCCAAUACACAGACAAGUUACAAAAGAAGAGAAGCAAGAAUUCACACAAAGCAAUAAUUACUGUUUAGCAGAGAACUUCGACAGCACCGAUGGACUGAAUCUAGGAAGGCUGCACUUCAGAUCAUUUUUGGUGAGCUUUCUGGUGGAUGCGCGUGGAGGUGCGAUGAAGGGAUGCAGACACAGCGGAGUACGCAUUAUCGUGCCGCCUCGAAGAGCAACGAUGCCGAUUCGCGUGACAUGCCGACUGGUGAAACCUAACAAAGUGGCGAAUCCACCCCCGCUGAUGGAGGGGGAGGCCCUCGCUACGCGGGUCAUUGAGAUGGGUCCGGUCGGCGCAAGAUUUUUAGGACCCGUUUUGAUCGACAUCCCGCACUUUGCGUCUAUCCGCGGCAAGGAGCGGGAAAUCAUUAUCCUGAGAAGCGAGAAUGGGGAAACGUGGAAGGAACACGACAACUCCGCGGAUAACGACGAUACUCUGCUCAACACGCCUCACGAUCCUCAGAUGAGCGCCACGCACUCGGGCAGAAUCACUCGCAUUAUCACCACAGACUUUCCGCAAUACUUCGCGAUUGUGACGCGGAUCAAGCAGGAAGUUCACGUGAUCGGCGCCGAGGGUGGUAUUUUGAUAUCAAGCGUGGCGAGCCACGUGCAGGCCGUCUUUCCCGCGGGAGCGCUAACAAAGAAGAUCAAAGUCGGAUUACAGGCGCACGUUAUUCCCGCCGAACUUACGGCCAAAUUGCUCGGUAAUUGCGUCGCCGUAUCGCCGGUGAUCACGAUCGAACCCAGAAGACGGAAGUUCCACAAACCGAUCACCCUGACGAUCCCCGUGCCGCAGGCCGCGAACAAGGGGAUGAUUAAUCAAUACGGCGGCGAGACACCUACGUUGCGGCUUUUGUGCAGCAUUGCGGGUGGUACCAACGAAGCGCAAUGGGAAGAUGUCACCGGCUCAACGCCGUUGACCUUCAUGAACGACAGAGUGUCGUUUACCACCACCGUUUCCGCGAGGUUUUGGUUGAUGGAUUGCAGAAAUAUUGUUGCAGUGCCGAAAAUGGCAACGGAGUUGUACGAAGAGUCCUUACACAUACCGUAUAUAACGAACUUCAUUAUCUACUCAAAGAGGAUGGACGUAUUGGAAGCCACCCUGAGAAUAUUGUGCAUGACCGAUGGCAAAGAAGGCAUGCAUACUUUAGAGAGGCAAGAGGAAUUUUUAGAAAUCGUUAAAAGUCGUGAUGUUGAGGCGCUCGAUGGAAAAGAUCUUUAUAUCGAAUUUAGUGGCAACUUAGUGCCGGUAACAAAGUCCGGAGUACAGCUAAAAUUCACAUUCAAAGCUUUCCGACAAAAUCGCUUGUCGUUUCAUGUUAAAGUGAAGGAUCCAUUAUUGGAUCCCGUUGCGAGGAUGUUAUUCAUGCGAGAACCGAAAGUCGCUAAGGGAGAACCAGCUCAACAGCCAAUUUGCGUAUUAAAUAUUGUUCUACCCGAAAUUAUUACGAAAGAGGAAUUACAAAAGAAGUUGAAAGGUUAUGAAGAUUCUAAUAUCAUAAAUCAAAAGCUAGAUUAUUACAAAUCAAAAUACAAAACGGAACAGAUGGAGAAAUCUGAUAAGCCUAAAGAGACUUCGCCAGAGAAGAAAUUUAUAACGGACACGUUACAGAAGGAACAAACAGAUGCCGCUACUAUCCACGAAUCCUUUGCACAAAAAGCGGCUUGUCCCCUAGAAUCCGUAGAUGCUAGUUAUCCCAAUAAAGUAAGUGCCGAUCAGGAACCGGAUCUGUCGCCGGAACUCGAAAGGCAGACCUACUUGGAGAAGCGCAAGUUCUGGGAGGACAUCUCGAGGAAGCGCGCGAGCUACCAACGAUCCGAAUCCGAGGUCUCGAGGGCCUCGCAGCUCACUAUCAAUGAAAGCGACAGCGAGUCCUGCCUGCCGAACGUCGUGUCCGAAGAGGAUGGGACCACCGAGGGCAUCUCGGAUGUCAUAAGGUCGGAGACCAUCGAGGACAUCAACGUGCCGGACAUCUCGGAGUGCUCAGUGGCGGAGAAGGCCCACUACUUCGAGGAGCAGAUCCAGAAGGAGAUGGCGAAGGGCACGCCGAGGCUGCCCCAUCAGGAGUCCGUCAAGUCCGAGAAGGACCGGCUUUUCAGGGGUAAGUCGAUCGAGGAUCAAAAGAUCCGCACGGAGAAGAGCACGCUGGAGAUGACGAAGGAGAUGAUGGAGAUCGAGGAGAAGCAUGUGGCGGAGGCGAGGGAAAUAGAGAAGAUCUUGAAGACUACGGAGGACACCAAGUGGACGAAAGAAGCGCGAAGGGAGUCGAAGGAUAUCGAUAAGAAGGAGAAAGACUGGGACGAGGACAAAGAGAUGCGCGAGGAAGUUCAGAAGGUAAUAGCUCAGCCGAUGAUGGAGAUUUGCAAAGAGCUAUUGAAUAAGGAGAGACAGCUGGCCGAGGAACCGCAGGUAAAACCCGUUGAGACGAGAGAGAUGGAAGAAGAAACGAGAGAAGAGAUGCCGAUAAAGAUGACAGAGAUAAUCGAGAAAGUGGAGGAAAGUGCGAAGCCGGAACGUGCGAGGGAGAAAGUAUCGUUGAGAGCUGAGAAGUCGCAGGAGGAGACGGAUGUUAUCAGAAGGGAAGCCGUGAGGGAUAUAGAAGAGACGGAGAAAGUGGAACAAAUAAUGGAAGUUAAGACAAUAUCGGACGAGAUGAAAGUGAGAGAAGUUAAGAGAGAAGUUAAAGAGGAAAUCUCAAGGCCGGUGAAACCGCUCGAGGAGAUCACAACGACAGAGGUUACAACGAUCAAGGAGGAACCUGUGAAGAAAGUGCCGGAGAAGCUUGUCGAAGACGUUGCUGAAGCGAAGAAGCACGCGGAAGAAUCUGCGAUUCAAAGGAAACCCGACGUGUCGACGGGUGUCGUUCAGAAAGUCGAGGAGGAGCCGGAGAGGCCGGAGACACCGGUGAGCAAGGAGGUCGUCAAGGAAAAGUCGUCCGGGAGACGAAUAAUCACGGAAGAGACAACGAUCAUCUAUAAGGUGCAGAAGGACGGAACUCUCGUGCAAGAGCAGAUCACAAAGUCGGUGCAGAUCGAGGGGGCGGACGGUCAGCCGGUCACAUCGGUCCCGGAGGACACUGCGUACGAAGUGCAGAUGACAGGCAACGUGGAGAAAUUGCGAGCGGAAAUUAAGACCGAGUCGGUUCCCUUGGACGUGAAGAAAGAGAUCCAGCAGUUCCUCGAGGGAGAAAAACGAAUGACUGAAGAGGGGACGGUGGAAAAGAAGCCCGAGAUAGAGGAGAUCGAAACUGAACCGCCGCAGAGGAUGGAAGAAACAGUUAGCAAGGACGUCGCCGACGACACUAUCCUCCUCGAGAGAAGACCCGUCGUCGAGACGGAGAUGAAGCAGAUGAAGAAGGAGUCUCGCAUUCCGAUUUCCGCGGCGAUGGCCGAGAAGGAUAAGAGCCAGAAAGAGACAAAGGGCAAAACUUCGCCGGAGAAGCCCGAGGAUAAGCCAAUCAGGAGCCCAGUCAUGGAGAAGGAGAAGGACGUCACGUCGCCUCCCGGCAAAAAGAAGGAAUUCGAAUCUCGCAUACCGAAACGCAUCAUGGAAAGUGCAACGGUGAAGGAGAAAGAGGCGAAGAAGGAUCUGCCAGGACGGAAGGACGGCGAGACGAUCACGAUUACCGAGAAGAAGUCCAGCGAGGAGGUGACGUCGCGGCACGAGGAACACUCGACCACGAAGAGCAAGACGCAAACGUUCUCCAAGACUUUCGCCGACGCGCAGGAUGCGUUCAAGAUGUUCGAGGACAUGAGCGCGAUGAAGGACAAGGAUUUCGCGACGGUCACCUCGAAGGUCGACACGAAGGCGAGCAGUAAAGUGGAGAAGAAGGAGGUGGUUUCGUCGGAGAUAUCCAGCGGCGCGGACAAGUUCAUCACUCACGAGGAGAAAGAGAGGGUGGAGCGGAAGAAGUCCUCGGAAUCCAAGAUGACUAAGGAGUCGCCGGCUGAGACGAUAGAAGAGAAGAAAAGCAAGAGCGAAGAGGUGGACAAGACGACUGUGCAGAAGAUGUCGAUGAACGUGACGGAAGGGAAGGAAGUGAUAGACGCCAGCGCCUCCGAGUCCAGUGUAAAGAGCGAGAAGGAAGGGCUGUUCAAGUCGGUGGAGGAUAAUGAGGGUACCGCGACGCAGGAAUCUGGAACUAUUAGAGUCAGAGAGAGCGACGUCGACGUGGCAAUUAGGAUCAAGAAGGACGACACGAAGAAAGUGGAGGACACGAAGGGCUCGCCCAAAGCGGCCGCUGAAGAGAUGGGGAAGGUCGAGAUGAUCGCGCAGGGCCAGUCUUACAAAGAGAGCUCGGAAAGUUUCAAGGUCGAGCAAUUUAUCCCCAGCCAGAAAGCGCAGGACGAGGCGAGGAAGGAUGAAGUACCCGUAAGUGAGGAAGCCCCGGUAACUCUGGAGAAGAGGCAGCAAAUGGUCGCCAAGAAGAUCGAGGCGCGAAACAUAGCGGAGGAUCUGAUACAGUCGAUCGAGAGCGAGAUCGAGAGGAGGUCGUCGACGUCAGGACUGAAGACGCAGAUGUUGAACAAAGAGUACAUAGACCAACUGGUGUCCGAGAAAAGCGACACCGACCAUGAGAGACUAGCGGACGACUUGACGAGGAAGUUCGAGACCAUAAUGAAGCGGUCGUUUGACGAGCCGUCAGCGGAGAGCAAAGGACAGGAAUCGUUCGACAGAGGAUCCACCAAGGACAGUAUAAGCGAGGACUUGACGAAAGACGAGGAGUCGUCGCACGAGAGGGAGGAGAGCCUGCCGUCUUCGCAAGCCAGGCUUCAGGACAGAGAUAUCACGAUGAGUCCCAGCAGCAUGUCCGAACAGAUUGACCUCGAGGGAACGAUCGACGUCGACACGAACGAACUGGAGGACAUAUCCAAGCCUACGUCCAGUCCACCGUCCGAGAAAUUGCGAUCCGACAGGUCGAGCGGCCACAUCGAGCCACUACAGAGGGACUUAUUCAGCGACACCAGCGUAUCCAAGGAUAAGAUCGUGUCGGAGCUCUCAGGAGCCAGGGUGUUGGAGAUCCUCGAGCCAGGAGGAGACAGUCGGCAAGACUCGGUCGAUGUGCCGUCCUUGGAACUGGACGAACACAGGUUCUCCGAGCAGACCAGCAGAGACGUGGCCUCUCUGCACGAGAGCGCGGCGGUGGAUUCCUUGGACAAGUUCGUCCAAGAGAGAGACAUGACCGUGAGUCCUAGCACGGUGUCCGAGGACGCCAAUGCUACGGACUAUCCUUUGGCUCACGAGCAGCCGAUGGUGCCGUCGAGGGAGUACGACUCUGGGAUGCGAAGAGCGGACAGUUUCGAGAUCGAGAGUCCGCCGUUGGUCUCGCCGCGGACGAAAUUGGUGCACGAUCUGGAUCUCAAGCCGGUCAACUGGAUGAUCGGCGACGAGAAGAUCGUGAUAACGGAAAUGCUGCAGCCGUCGGAGGCGUUCAAUCAGGAAUUGGAGGAGUACGAGCGACGUGCCCACACUUCCUCUCAAGACGAAUCCAUGGACUUCGAGCAAGAAUCCGUGACCAAGUCCUCGGAAGACAUCAGCGUGAUAGAGUCGGUGAGGGAGUCCGCGGCCGGCGGUGAAGCCGCCAGCGCGACCGUCACGACGACCAGCACGAAGAGCAGCAAGUUCACGGUGGUGCCAGUCACCGAGCCGGAUUUGGACAGCGAACUGAUCGAGGAUAAAUUGGACGUUACGUGUCAAGAGCUGGUCGACACGCUGCAACGGGAAUACGACGCCAAGACCCCGACGGACGAGUACACGGCUGGUGUGCGGCAAUUGAUACCCCGAGAGGAUUUCGACCUGGAGGCGAGCAUCACCGAAGCCGUGACGGAGGUUGUGCCCGUGAAGGAAGAGGAAGCGAAAGAUCUGACGUCCGAGGAUGUGGCUGCGAAAAUGACGAUCCCCCGACAGGAUGUUGCCGCGGCAGAAGUAGAAACUGUCGAGCCGACGCACGUCGGCGAGGUCACCGCACCACAAAUAAUCGGGGAAAGGCAGAAACAGGCUGAGCCUACGGACGAGAGGGUGAAAGAGGCGAAAGAAGCCGCUGAAGCGCGAAAAGACACCGCGAAGGAGCCGGAGGCUUUGUCGAAGAGCGCAAGGGUCGACGACGUGCUGAAGGAGUGGACGGAGAGCUACCGGCCGAAAAUGAGGAGCGAGGAGUACAAACGACACAUGGAGAAGAGCAGCGAGAAGCACGACAGACCGGGCAAGUCGACGACUGCGCAUACCGAUACCUGUGCCUUCAAAAUCAAGAAAGACGAUCUGCAGAGCGUCGAUCUGAGCGCGCGAUACGCGAUCACGGUGCUGGAUCAGGUGGUGAAGAAGGAGAUCGCCGAGGUGAAGGAGUCCUUGGAGGCGGCCAAGCAGGACCUCAUAGAGGAACUGAGUGAGAACAGCGAGACCAUUAUACAGAUCAAAGAUUCGCCAUCGGAGUUCCAGUUCAAGCUCCAACCGGAGUCCAUCCCGAACGACUUGCCAUUUUUGUACAGACCACCGUCCAUCGAACACGUUCCUGCGGAGACCGAGCGGGAAGUCGAGGCUGAAGCUGCGCGGGGCGAAUCGCCGCUCGCCUCGAAACCUCCCGAACUCGACGAGCCGAAGGUGGAACGAGUGAAGGAGGCUGUCGUCGAAGACGAGCCGAUCGUCGAAGCAGCCGUCGAAGUUGCCGACGAAGAGAAGCCAGCUGUUGUUGCUCAAGCACCCGAAAUCGACAUCGAGAAACAUGAAACUGAGACUGUAAUAGCCGUCCAAGACGAGUCGAGGGAGGACGAAGAAGACGAUCAUCCCAGUCCGCUUCCCGCGAGCAUAUCGGGCUCGGACGUAGACAACAGGGACGACAGUUACUCUUUGGCACCACCCUAUCCGGCACCCAGGAGACGCCAAAAGCCAGCGAGGAUAUCCAAGAGAGUGAAGACCUCCGAGAGCGAGGCCGGCUCGAGCUCCGGCGAGAGCAGCAACUACCAAUCUUGCGACUACGAGAGUGGAAGCAGACCCAGCUCGUCCGACGUCGAGGCGCUGCAGUCCGCAGGUGUGCAAUCGGGAACCGUCUCGGAAUACGAGACGGCGAUGAUGUCGAUCGAGCAGUCGGCGUCGAGGCCGACGUCUCAAGACUACCAAACUGCGGCGAGCACGCUGAGCUCGCGCGAGUCCAUGAAAUCCUUGAAUUCCCUGAGCUCCGGCCACCUUGGCAGCAUCGACAGCACCAGCGAAUUGUCGGAGACGCUGGUGCCGUCGGACGUGGACGCGGACAAAGACGAGAUCGAGGAGAACCUGGAGAGCGCGUUGGACGCGGAACAAGACGCCGAGGCGUCGGACUCUUCCGGCAGCGACAUACCGAUGGACGAGGCGUUGGACAAGAUCGACAGUCACAUACCGUGUCGCAUGAAGCGCUCGUCCGAGAUGAUCUUCCAGCAGAUCAUGGACGACAGUGUCAGCAUGGAAACGGAGUCGAUGGAGGAGGCGUUGGAGGAAGACGCCCGAGUCAUGGACUCCGCCACUUCCGCCUUCAUGGACGCGCCCGGAGCCCUCCAGUCGGUCGACAUUAUGACGUCACGGGUCACCGAGGACGGGGUUCAGAGCGUGUGCACGCAAGUGAUCUCGACGCGGGUUACGAGGCCGAGCGAUAGCGAGGAACUCGAAGAACUCGAGGGGGAGACAGGGGGAGACGCGGAGAGAGACAUAGAGGCGACGGAAACGGCGGAGAGCCUGGAACAGAAGUCGGCUCUCGAGGCCGGGGAGGAGGGCCUCGAACCGACGGCGCAGACGUCCGUCCACUCGAUGCUGCAGCAGGCCAGUAUGUCCUUGUCCUCGGCGUCGGGCAUGUCCUUCGACACGGUGAUAGAGAAGGACAAGUCCGAACGUCACUCUCACUCGCCCGACAGCGACUCAUUCGAGCUGGUGGACAAGCCCGACAUCAUCGACGACUUCGUCGUGAUCGAGGAGGUCGGCCGGGAGGCGGAGGAGUUCGACUCCGAGGGCAAGAGCAUCCGCAUCAGCUCGAUGCCGCAGGUGACCAGCAAGAACUACGACCGCGACCUGGAGAACCUGAUCGCGGAGAACAAGGAGGACACGCAGGUGUCGAGCAGCCAAGCGUCUAAGAACAACGACCUGUUCGACUUCGAAUCCGAGGAGAGCCCGCCGCAGGCGUCCAACGACGAGCAGUACUCGCAGUCCUACUCCGACGAGGAGCAGUACGAGGGUAAGAAGUGGGUUGAGAUGCAGUUCCACUCGGACGCGCGUGUCUACGACAUCGAGUACGACCGCGGGCCGUUGGAGGACAUCAAGGAGGAGGAGGUCACGGACUUCGAGGCCGGCAGCAGCAGAUUCGGCAGCCUCGGCAGCCACAAGGAGUCGAUAGGCAGCGUCGGCAGUAUGCGCGGUAGCUUCGGCAGCACACCCGAGUACGACAUGCUCGCCGGCAAGAAGCACUUCAGCAAGCCCACGGACCACGACACCGUGUCGCUGACGUCGCUGCAGGAGUUCGAGCAUCUGGAGAGCACCGUCGCGGCGGAGAACUCGCGGCGGCUGCAGUGCGGCUCGCAGGACUCCAUCAACAAUGGCAGCCUGCCGAGGAGGUACGUGACCGGACGCUCCGGCCACGGCGACGACGUCUCGUUGUCCUCGCUGAAAGACUUCGAGGGCCUCGAGAAAGCCUGCAGGGAGGCCCACCUGAUCGAGCUGCGCGCCCGCGAGGAGGAGGAUCUUCUGGAGCACGAGAGCCCGGAGACCAAGUACAAGAUGGAGAAUCUGCCGCGCUCGAGGACGGAAACCAGCGCGGCGGGCUCGUUCAACCCCAGCACCUCGGGCUCGGACGACUACGAGAAGAGGAUAAAGGAGAUCGACGAGAUCAUACGUAUCGCGCAGUCCAACGUGGAGAGACUCGACCGACAGGACGAUACUACGGAGGACAUCUCGCAGAUCGAGGUCACCGAUGCCGAGCGAGUGGUCACGCAACCGGCCACGCAGACCCUCCCGGAGGAGGUGCAGCCGGAAAUGGAGGAGCGAGAGGUGGAGGAGGAGGGGCAGGCUCGGGCGCAGAAGGAGACUAAUGUUAUGGAGACCAGCACGGACUCCUUGGAGCUGGAGGACAACGCGGAGAAGAAGUAUCACCCGCUCUGCCGCAGCUCCGACUCUCUCGAGAUGAAGACCACCCUCGAUUACCCGUCUCUGAGUUCGGACUCGCUCAAUAACGUGAGGGACGCGAGGGAGACGCCGCUCGACACGGCCGGCGGCAAUCAGUUCGGCGGUAACGGCCGACGUAUCUCGUCGGAUUCUCUUGACAUGCCUUUGCUGGAGCAACAGGAUGUCGGAGCGUCCGGCAGAGGAAGCAACGACAGCGACGGCCGUCGCGCGGAAGACGCGGCGGUGGCCGACAGUUCCGCGGGACAAACACCUUCGACUCACGCGAGAAACGGCAAGACGAAAACGUCACCAAGUAGCGGUACAUAGGACAAUUUUCGUAGAUAGCGGACCAUCGAGGACUUGCCACGACGUCACAAAUAUAUUACCGAAUAAUUCAAGAAGCUUUACAUGUAAAACACGAUAUUAAAUAAUGUACUAAAGAACUUGUGCAUUGUGGAUAUAUAAGAUACUAUUAUAUUCGUCUUUGUUUUACGCAAUGUCUUCUGAGAGCAUUUACAUUGACGCUUAAGUAAGAUAGUUACGAACUUCAAAAUAUAAUAUUGUUUCGUUUCUCAAGACGGUGGGGGGGGGGGGGNGGAGAGAGAGAGAGGGAAAGACGCUUGCUUGUUUGUCAUUAUUGGAUUUUCGGAUAGAUUAGCAAUUCGCGACGGUUCUCUUGGCUGUACUCGUUCGAGGGGAACGCGAAACGACUUUGCUUAACUGUUUUUGGAAGUAAACUUCACAUACAUACGUUACGUUGCGUUUUUCGAGCGUAUAUAUAUUUUAAAAAGUGCUACUUACGUGUUCUACUUGUAUAUUAUGACGCGUACGUCACUGUACUGUAUUGUAGCGUGUUUUAUAAGCGUUUUCAUUAUGAGACGGUCUUUGUGGAUGCGCUUUCGUAAAAUUUGAUAAUGUAUUCGACGUACCUCGUGUAUCUCGUGUAAUCAUUUCAGGCGACGUUCGCAGAGGAAGGAAGAGAAGUCAGAAGGAAAAAAAGAUAUACAAUAAUACUACUAUUAUAGCGCAUGUUUACGCGAAGGAACGGAUACAUAAUAUUUAAAACAGAUAAAAAAAUUUUAUAUGCGAAUAUAAUAUUUAGGACAUUUACGGAUGGCAGCGAAGUAUAAUACGUUUACGUUGAAAACGGAUUCGACGAUCGUUUGACGAAUUUAUUAUAUCUCUUUUCCACUUCUUUUACCGAGUACGAUGUUACCGAUUACGUUUACACGUGCACUGUAUAUUAUUACAAGUUAACAAUGUCAUUUGAAAGGUUCGUUUUCUUAAUGAUGAAAAUAUACAUCUGUGCAUUAUCUCGA